UCGCGACAUCGCGGGCGGCGGCUCAGUGGAAGAAGAAGGAGCAGCAGCGGCGGUAGAGGAGGGUGGGAGUGAUUUCUUUUCCCCCUCUCCACGCGAGUUUUUCAGCCAUGAAUCCCAACUGUGCGCGCUGCGGGAAGAUCGUGUAUCCCACGGAGAAGGUGAACUGCUUGGAUAAGUUCUGGCACAAAUCGUGUUUCCACUGCGAGACCUGCAAGAUGACGCUCAACAUGAAGAACUACAAGGGCUACGAGAAGAAGCCGUACUGCAACGCACACUACCCGAAGCAAUCCUUCACCAUGGUGGCAGACACGCCCGAGAACCUGCGCCUAAAGCAGCAGAGUGAGCUCCAGAGCCAGAUCCGCUACAAGGAGGAGUUCGAGAAGAACAAGGGCAAAGGCUUCAGCGUGGUGGCCGACACCCCCGAGCUGCAGAGGAUCAAAAAGACUCAGGAUCAGAUCAGCAACAUCAAGUACCACGAGGAGUUCGAGCGGAGCCGGAUGGGCCCCAGCCCCAGCGAGAGCUCCGAGCCUGAGCGCCGGAAUUCCCAGGAGAGCAGCAGCUACCGGAGAGGGGCAGAGCAGCAGCACCAGCCCCUGCACCACGGCCAGCCCGGCGCCCCAGUUUACCAGCAGCAGCAGCCGCCAUCCCAACCCUACGGCUACAAGGAGCCGGCGGCUCCGGCCUCCACGCAGCGCAACGCCCCGGCUGGAGGGGGGAAGCGUUUCCGCGCCGUCUACGACUACAACGCAGCGGACGAGGACGAGGUGUCGUUCCAGGACGGGGACACCAUCAUCAACGUGCAGCAGAUCGACGACGGGUGGAUGUACGGCACCGUGGAGCGCACGGGGGACACGGGGAUGCUCCCGGCCAAUUACGUGGAGGCCAUCUGAGCCCGGGGACGCGGCCCGGCCCCGCCCGCGCCCGUGUCCCCCUCCCCGAGUGUGCAUCUCUUGUCCCCCUCCCCCCCCGCCCGCUCCGGCCUCGGAGCCAUGUCCCGAUGUCCCCUCCGUGUCCAGUUUCUCUUGCCAAUUCUGCUUCGGGGUGGUCCCGUGGGGCCUGAGGGGCCGCACAGGGUGGGGAUCCAACCCCUGCGGCUUUCCUGCUCCUGGCUGUUCCUCCUCUCCAGCCCUUUCCCGGCCGGGGGGAGCCGCCGGAGCCGCCGGGAUCCCAGAGAAGGGAGGGAGAGGCCAAAUUAGGACCAAAUUCCCGCUGUGGAGGUGAGGGGUGCUCAUCUCGAGGGUGCAGGAAUGGGCUGGGAGCUCCCCCUGCUCCGCGCCAGCUCCGGCCCCGGCUCAUCCCGGGCUGCUCCCAGGUCGGGCUCAUCCUGAUGCCGCGGCUGCUCCCGGCUCCCCUGCCCAGCUUCCAUUCAAUCUUUGCUCCCUUCAGACCUCAAAGCAGGAAAGCACUCAGUUCAAAUCUCAAACAAAACCUCUCUCCUCGGGAUUCCGAGCUCUGGGCAGCCCUGGGAGCGGCUCUGGCUGCUCCUGCUUCGGGCUCCGGUUGUCCCGAUCCCUCCAGAGAAGGAGCAGCCGUGGGGCUUUUCCUGGGAGCUGCUGCUCUGGCUCGAGGGCUGGGGCUGGGAUGAGCCCCCCUGGAGCUGGGAUGAGCCCCCCCUGCAGCUCCAGCUCCCUCUGGGCCGGGGUCUGGGGGUUCCCUGGCAAAGCCUUUUCCUCUCACCCAGAAUUUUCCUGCUUUUCUCCUGCUGCUGCCGACUGCUGCCACCACUCUGGGGCCAUCCUGGGGGCCCUGUUGUCCGCUGAGUGAUGUGGCAGCCCGAGCCACCCUGCACCUCUCAUUCCCAGCGCUGGUGGCAGAUUUUGGGACCACUUUGGGAUGGUGUCAUGGACCAAAACGCCAAAGCACAUCCCUGUCCCCGUCUCCUCGGGGCUCCGCAGCUCCCAGAGCGGGUCGGGGUCGGGAAAAACUGGAACUGAGCAGGGAGGGAGGAGCGGGAACCUCUGCGGGGUGACAGGAGCGGGACCUGGGGGCAGCGGGGAUGUCCCCUUGCCGGGCUGCACUGUGGGGUGGGAUAUUCCCAGCGGGAAGUGCCGCCUUUGCUAUUCCCACAGGAAAAGCGGGAAUACGGGACCAAAGCGGCUGAGUGAGACAUUCCUUGGUUCUGUUGGGGACAACUCCCAUCCUCAGGGGGCUGAUGGGGCUGGGAUUGGGGAGAGCGGGAUCAGGGGCAGCGGGAAGGGCAGAGACCCGCCGGGAAAAGGGAAUUCCGGCUGCAGUGGGACGGGGGGAGAAGGACAGGGAUUCAGGGUGACACCGGAGGGUGGCAGGAGCAGCCAGGAUGUCCUGUCCGGGAUGGGGAUCCCGGCUGGUGCUAAAACAGGGAGCACAAGGGCAGGGAGGAUCCACCUCUCCCUGCUAAAUCCUCUUCUUAAUCACGUUCUUGUCCGGGAAUGGGGGGGGGGAGCAUCAAUGUGAAUAAACCCUUUUUUAACGGACCAAAUAACACAGGAAAUUCCCUUUUGGGAUACAGACCUUUUUUUAAUCGUUCCCUUGAAACCGUUGUCCCUAAACUGUCCCCUCUCUUGCCCUGCCCCCUUUUCUCCCCUGCCAUGGGAAACAAACCUCUUUACUGCUUGAUUUCUGCCUUUUCUCUCAACUUAUGCACUUUUUUGCCUUUUUUUUUUCAUCGCUGAAAAGCACCUAAACCUGUAUUUAAAAUAAAUAAAUAAAUAAAGGGGGGGGGGGGGGGAGGGGGGAAGAAGAAAAAAAAUGGAAGAAGAACAAUUAAAAAGCUGAAGAAUUGCUUCUCAUCACGUGUAAAAUAGACCUCGUCCAUCCCAGCUUCCCCGGUUGCGUCUCAGUGCUGAGCUUAGAACGUGUUUUCCUCGGGAUCCGUCGCUUGAUUGGGGUUUUGUCCUUGUGUCCUUCCUGGGCUGAGCACCCACCACUAUUAAAAAUAAUAAUAAUAAUAAUAAUAAUGUUAUUUGGCCUUUUUAUCCAAAAAAAUUUUUAAAACCCACGGAAUGGAAAAACCCGACCGAUUCUCUUCCCGGUUUACUCGGCAUCGAAAAUAAAAGUUUAAUUUUUA